CCGCCUCGUUCCGUGCGGAUCUGGGUUAAAUCCGCCUGCUCUGCGCGUGACAGUUUCCUUUUGCCGUGUUUUGGAUUGGAGUCUUGCAAAGGAAUUCACACUGGAUGAAAACCAUUUCCUGAAGCUGGGUCUAUUCCAGGAACUGUAACCCAAAUGUUUCUGUGUCCGUGGAGGAGAUUUCACAUUUGAGGAAACUUCUACUGAAGGCAGCCGUGUCCCACCACCAUGUUCUGGAAGUUCGACCUGAACACGACGUCGCACGUGGACAAGCUGCUGGACAAGGAGGAUGUGAGCCUGGAGGAGCUGAUGGACGAGGAUGACGUCCUGCAGGAGUGCAAGGCGCAGAACCGGCGCCUGCUGGACUUCCUGUGCCAGCAGCAGUGCAUGGAGCAGCUGCUCGCCCUCAUCACCCACGAGCCGCCGCUGGACAUGGACGAGAAGGUCCGAUUCAAGUAGCCUGGGACAGCAGCNNNNCUGCUGACCUCGGACGUGCCGCAGAUCAACGACAAGCUGGGCGGGGACGAGACCCUGCUCAACAUCCUCUACGACUUCCUGGAGCACGAGCCCCCCCUGAACCCCCUCCUCGCCAGCUUCUUCAGCAAGACCAUCGGCAACCUCAUUGCACGCAAAACUGAGCAGGUGAUCUCGUUUUUGAGGAAAAAGGACAAGUUCCUGAGCCUGGUGCUAAAGCACAUCGACACUUCAGCCAUGAUGGACCUGCUGCUGCGCCUCAUCAGCUGCGUGGAGCCCACGGCGCUGCGCCAGGACGUGCUCAACUGGCUGAAUGAAGCCAGGAUUAUCCAGAGACUCGUGGAGCUGAUCCAUUCGAGCCAGGACGAGGAUAGGCAAUCCAACGCUUCCCAGACCCUGUGCGACAUCAUCAGGCUGAGCAGAGACCAGAGCACUCAGCUGCAGGAUGUCCCAGAGCCAGAUCCACUUCUCACAGCACUGGAAUCGCAGGAGUGUGUGGAGCAGCUCCUCAGGAACAUGUUUGACGGGGAGCAGAGCGAGACCUGCAUCGUGAACGGAACCCAGGUGCUCCUGACGCUGCUGGAAACGCGGCGCGCCGGAGUGGAAGGCCUGAUGGACUCGUACACUCAGGGAUUCGAGAGGUCUUACACUGUCAGCAGCAGCAUCUUGCACGGCAUCGAGCCCCGGCUCAAGGACUUCCACCACAGACUGGCCCCUGCCCCGCAGAAAGCCGCCAUCCUGACCACGCUGGGGGUGCUGGAGGAGCCGCUGGGGAACGCGCGGCUGCACGGCGCUCGGCUGGUGGCGGCGCUGCUGCACACCAACACCCCCGGCAUCAACCGCGAGCUCUGCCGCCUGGGCACCAUGGAGCUGCUACUGGAUUUAUUUUUUAAAUACACGUGGAACAACUUCCUGCAUUUCCAAGUGGAGCUCUCCAUAGCAGCCAUCCUGUCCCACUCGGCGCACGAGGGGAAGCGCAGCCCGGGGGAGCAGGAGCAGGAGCAGGGGCAGGGCAGUGCUUCAAUUCCUGAGGAGGAGCAGGAGAAUCCAGGGAUUUCUGCUCUGGGAAAUGCUGAAUCUGCUCUUUCCCUGCAGCUCUUCCAGAAGUGCUGCCUGGUGCAGAGGAUAUUGGAUGCCUGGGAAGCCAAUGACAAAAUCCAGGCAGAGGGUGGCAGGAGGAGAGGGAACAUGGGGCACCUGACACGCAUCGCCAACGCCGUGGUGCACAACAUGGAGAAGGGGCCCAUGCAGGCCCAGAUCAGUGACUUCAUCAAAGAGCUGCCUGAGGACUGCAGGGGCAGGUGGGAGAGUUUUGUGGAGGAGACGCUGACGGAGACGAACCGGAGAAACACGGUGGAUUUGGUGAGCACCCACCACCUGCACUCCUCCAGCGAGGAUGAGGACAUUGAAAGUGCUUUUCCCAACGAGCUCACUCUCCAGCAGGCCUUCUCUGAGUACCAGAUCCAGCAGAUGACAGCAAAUUUCGUGGAUCAGUUUGGCUUCAACGACGAGGAGUUUGCAGACCAGGAUGACAACAUCAACGCUCCCUUCGACCGCAUCGCCGAGAUCAACUUCAACAUCGACGCUGACGACGACAGCCCCAACGCCUCCCUGUUCGAGGCCUGCUGCAACGAGCGCAUCCAGCAGUUCAACGACACGGAGGAGGAGGAGGAUAUCUGGGAGGAGAAGGAGAUCUCCUACGCAGCCCAGGUCAAGGCCAGGACACGGUUUGGAGCAUCGCAGACGUCGGAGAGCUCCAAGAGUGACCUGGAGAACGGGUGCCCGGGGGCACGGCACGACCUCGCUGUGUGCCUGCAGUCUGUGUGCCUGCAGUGCCCGGGGGCACGGCACGACCUCGCUGUGUGCCUGCAGUGCCCUGGGAGCUGCCCUGGGGGCAUGGCACGGCCUCGCUGUGUGCCUGCAGUGCCCUGGGAGCUGCCCUGGGGGCAUGGCACGGCCUCGCUGUGUGCCUGCAGUGCCCUGGGAGCUGCCCUGGGGUCUCUGGGACUCCUGGGUGUUCCUGGGCUGGGUUGCUGUGUCCCUGGGAUGUCCCUGGGAUGUCUCUGGGACUCCUGGGUGUUCCUGGGCUGGGUUGCUGUGUCCCUGGGAUGUCCCUGGGAUGUCUCUGGGACUCCUGGGUGUUCCUGGGCUGGGUUGCUGUGUCCCUGGGAUGUCCCUGGGUGUUGCUGGCUGCCCAGGCUGGGCUGGCAGCCAGGCUGUGCUCUCCCAGGGGCUGGCUGGACGGCCGUGUUCGAGCCCGCGAGCCCCACGCCGCCCGUGGCCAUGGACGUGGGCUCCAGCGUGUGGGACUCAGCCGCCCCACAGAGCAGUGCCCCGGAGGAGAAGGGCUGGGCCAAGUUCACAGACUUCCAGCCUUUCUGCUGCUCCGAGUCCGGGCCUCGCUGCAGCUCCCCCGUGGACACCGAGGGCGGCACCGACAGGAGCCCGGCACAGGGCCAGGACAAGAACUGUGAGUGACACGGUGACAGUGAC